AAGCUCCGCACGUAAUAGAGUUUUGAUAUAAAUAUUGGACGACGCCAACGAAACUGUAUCAUUGAUCACAGUGACUUCAGUAGUAACACACUUUUCAAGUACCAGCAUAAUGGCAUUCAAGUUCGUCGUAUUCGUGGCUUCGUUGGCUUUUGCCAGCGCUGGAUAUCUUGAAGCUCCAGUGGCUCACUACUCCUCGGCUCCAUCUGUGAGCUACAGCACUAUCUCCCAGCCCGCUCCAUUGGCCAAGACUGUGGCCUAUGCUGCUCCAGCUGCGUAUGCCUCGUACGCCCAUGCCGCUCCUCUGGCUUACGCCGCACCAAUCACCAAGACCCUGUCGUACUCUGCCCCAGCCGUUGGAGCCACCCACGAGAGCACCAUCCGUUCCCAUGAUGCCACCGUGUCUCACUACUCCAAGGCCGUCGAUACUCCAUACUCCAGCGUUCGCAAGUCCGACAUCCGAGUCACCAACGAAGCCCCAAAACUGGCCCUCGCUUCCUAUGCCCAUGCCCCAGCUAUUGCCACCUACUCCCAUGCCCCAGUCGUCGCUAAGCAGGUGUCCUAUGCUGCUCCAGCUUUGACCACCUACAGCCACAGCGCCCCAGUUGCCCUUACCAAGCAGGUCAGCUAUGCCGCUCCAGCUGUCGCCACCUACGCUCAUGCUGCCCCAGCCAUCGCCAGCUACUCCCAUGCUGCUCCAGCUAUCGCUAGCUACUCCCAUGCCGCCCCUGCCUACACCAGCUACGCUCAUGCCGCCCCAGCUAUUGCAACCUAUGCCCAUGCUGCCCCAGCUAUUGCUGCCCACUCCACCAAGACCCUGACCUACUCCCCAGCCGUUGAGGUCGCCCAUGUCUCCUACGAUGGAUCCCAUGCUCAUUAUGGCUGGUAAAUCACUGAUCACUACUGAAUCAAUGACAUCCCUCUAGUACCUCCCCCCUCAGAAAAAAAACCCCUCCUAAUGAAACCUAUUUAUUAGAUUGUUGUUUUGUUAGUACCUAGAGUUAACAGUCAGGUUUUUCUUCCCACCCACGGGAAGAGAUCACCACCCUGGGUGUGCUCUGUUUUUUGUAAAAAGAUCAAUAAAUUAAACAUGACACAAAAA